AUGCCGCGGUCUUUUCUGGUGGACUCGCUGGUGCUGCGCGAAACCGGCGGCAGCGACAAGAAAGGCGGCGUCUCUCCCGGCAGCCCGCCGCCCCCGCCCCUCUUCCCUUAUGCCGUGCACCCCUCGCAUCCCCUGCACGGCCUUUCGGCUGCCUCCGGAGGCGCCUGUCCCGCCGCUCCCGUGUCCGCGUCGGCUGCGCGCAAAGCCGGCCUGCUCUGCGUCUGCCCGCUCUGCGUGGCCGCCGCUUCUCAGCUGCACCCGCCGCCGCCGCCGCCCGCCCUGCCGCUCCUCAAGGCUUCCUUUCCUCCCUUCGGCUCCCAGUACUGCCCUUCGCCCCUGGCUGCCCGGCAGUCUCCCGGAGGUUCGUCCGCCUCCAGCGGGGGCCACGUACCCGCCCUCUACCAGAGCGCCUACUCGCUGCCCGAUCCCCGGCAUUUCCACUGCAUCUCCGUGGACAGCACGUCGGGCCAGCUGCCGAGCAGCAAGCGGAUGCGCACCGCCUUCACCAGCACGCAGCUGCUGGAGCUGGAGCGGGAGUUCGCCUCCAACAUGUACCUGUCGCGUCUGAGACGCAUCGAGAUCGCCACCUACCUCAACCUCUCCGAGAAGCAGGUGAAGAUCUGGUUCCAGAACCGGCGCGUCAAGCACAAGAAGGAAGGCAAGGGGGGCUCCCAUCGCGCUGGGGGACCGGCCGCCCCCGGCUGUAAGUGCGCCUCCCUCUCAGCUGUGGCCAAGUGCUCCGAAGACGAGGAGGACUCGCCUAUGUCCCCGUCUUCCUCGGGCAAGGACGAGAGGGAACUCGCCGUCACUCCCUAAAGUGUGGCCCCUCCGCCAUCCGGGCGACAUAGUUCCCCCGGGGCCCGUCCGGUCUCCGGCAGAUGGAAUGGACAAGGGCGCUCUAUAGAGCCGGUGUAAAUAGCCCCGCGGCCCCUGCUCGCUACGAGCGCGCUCUGUUCUCGAGCUGUCGGUUAAGGGGAGCAUCGUAUGUUCCCUUUCCGUGGCAGCUUUUCUUCCUUGAGAUUAACGACACUGUAAUUAUGGAGGCUGACACAACGCCGAUCUCCCUCUUUCUUUGAAGGGUAAAGGAAGGGGCAAGGCCAGCCUGGUUUCUCUCUGUCGGUGUCUGGGGGAUCCCCACGGCUUGGUUAUCUCCGAGCCUGGCAUCUUUCUCUCUCUCUCUCUCUCUCUCUCUCUCUUUCUCCUCUCCCCUCCUUCCCUUUGGGUUCUUUCUGGGUGUAAAAUCAGGUUUUCUUUAGAAGCAGGAAGGCAUUUCAGUAGGAAGGCUGGGUCAGACUGCAACGGGUUUAACUUGUUGUGGGUUUCUUUUCUGUUUUGUUUUGCUUUUUUUUUUUCUUCUCCCUUAAGUCAAUGUGAUGAUACUUCUUGAAAUAUAUAAAUGGUA